CGGGGCGAAGCGCGCGCGCGUCGCGAUGCCGGACGCCAAGAAACCCGAUGACCCGAAAUCGGUGUGGCAAGACCGCGAGAUCAGGUUCGACAUGGCCGUGAAGGGCCUCGCGCUGAGGAAGGGCGAGUUCGAGAUCGACCACCUCGAGGGCGUCGAGGACACGAAGGGCAACAACGGCGAGCGCGGGACGCUCGUGGUGACGAAUCUGCGCGUGAUUUGGUUCAGCAAGCGGUCGCGGCGGACGAACCUCAGCAUCGGAUACAACUCCGUGUCAAACAUCUCGAUGAAGACGGCGUCGUCGCGAUUGCGCGGGAAGACGCAGUCGCUGUACGUCAUGACGCGGUUCCAAGGGAGCAAGUUCGAGUUCAUCUUCACGAACCUCGACGACAACUCCCCGCGGCUGUUCACGACCGUGCAGGCCGUGUACAGGGCGUACGACACGUCGAGGCUGUACCGCGAUUUGAAACUGCGAGGCGCGAUCAUCGCGGACAAAGAGCUGAAGCUGCUCCCGAAAGAAGAGACGUACAACCGGAUAUCCGGCGUGUGGAACCUGAGCAGCGAGCAGGGCAACCUCGGGACGUUCUUCGUGACCAACGUUCGAGUGGUGUGGCACGCGAACAUGGCGGAAAACUUCAACGUGUCGAUCCCGUACGUGCAGAUGAAGUCCGUGACGGUGCGAGACAGUAAAUUCGGCCGCGCGCUCGUGAUUCACACGACGUCGCGGAGCGGCGGGUACGUGUUAGGGUUCCGCGUGGACCCGGCGGAGAAGCUGGACGAGAUCUACAAAGAAGUCGACGCGCUGUUUAAAGUCUUCAGCGUGAACCCGGUGUUCGGCGUGGAUUUCAAAGUGGAAGACGCGUCCGAGUCCCUGCGCAACGUGACGAAACACCGGGAGAGCGACGACGUGGAGAUCAUAGGCGAAGGCGGCGAGUCCGAUCCGUUGGCGGCGUACUACGCCGAGGGCGGGAAAGACGUCGGGAGAGAAAACGAUCCGAAUAACAUCGUUUACUGCCCGCGUCUCGGGAUGGCGGUGCAGCGGAUGCCGGAGGGGGUGACGACGGAGAUGUUGUGGAACAUAUUGUAGUAGUUUAUGAAGUUAGUUAGCGAACUGCCG